AUGAUAGAUUGUACUGUCCUUGUAUUGGGUGCAGGUGGUUUGGGCUGUGAAAUCCUCAAGAAUUUGGCCAUGCUACAGGUAAGAAACAUUCAUGUUGUUGAUUUAGAUACAAUUGAGCUAACUAAUUUGAACAGGCAGUUCCUAUUCACCGAAUAUGAUAUUGGGAAACCAAAAGCUGAAGUGGCAGCAAAAUAUAUCAAUAACUGGAAUGAAGUACGGCAAAUGGAGAACAAAGGAUACCCAGAAGUCAUAGUGACACCUUAUGUGCGAGACUUAACACUAUUUCCAGUAGAGUUCUUCAAGCAAUACCAGUUUGUAAUAUCAGGUUUAGAUGCUAUAGAGCCACGCAGAUAUGUCAACAAGGUGCUUGUGCAGAUAACAAGAGAAACGCAUUUUGAAGUAUGUAUACCAUUCAUCGACGGAGGCACUGAGGGCUUAAAAGGUCACAUAAAGACAAUUAUACCAGGUAUUACUGCAUGCUGGGAAUGUUCUCUUGAUACCCUUCCGUUGCAGCAGCAUUCGGUUCCCAUGUGCACUGUUGCCAAUAACCCGAGAGUUUUAGAACAUGUCAUUGAAUAUGUAGCUACUGUCGAAUGCCCCGAUUCUGAGUUGGAUAAUCCUGAAGAAGCAGCUCUGGUCUUGGAGAGGUGUUUCACAAGAGCAAGAAAAUUCGACAUCGAUCAUAGAAAACUGAAUAUGAGCUACAUGUUAGGUGUGAUAAAACGCAUUGUACCAAGCGUUAGCACGACUAACACAAUUGUAGCAGCUGCCUGUUGCAACGAGGUAGUUAAAAUCUACUUCGAUAUGGUAGCGGAUUAUGACAACAUAACCAAUUUCAUUAUGAUAAAUGGCGCCGAUGGCUUUUUCAUGCACAAAUUCAAGUAUGAGAGGAAACCCAACUGCCUGGUUUGCAGCGGUUUAUAG